CCUUCCUCUGCCCUAACGUGGGAACAGUAACCGUCCAUUCCUCAGCGUUUGAAAAGAAACAAACAUCAAAAUGACCACUGAACAACCUAUAUUUUCCAAGGGAGAAGACUGCAAAGCUGGUUGGCACGACGCUAGUGCUGGUUACAAUGAGACCGACACUCAUCUCGAGAUUUUGGGCAAGCCGGUUAUGGAACGUUGGGAGACUCCAUACAUGCACUCGCUGGCUACUGUAGCCGCCUCAAAAGGUGGGCGGGUUCUGGAAAUUGGGUUUGGCAUGGCCAUCGCUGCGACUAAAGUUGAGUCCUUCCCCAUCGAAGAGCAUUGGAUCAUUGAGUGCAAUGACGGAGUGUUUGCUAGAUUGCAGGAGUGGGCCAAGUCUCAGCCACACAAAAUUGUGCCCCUCAAAGGACUGUGGGAAGACGUAGUAAGCGGCCUACCAGACAACCACUUUGAUGGCAUUCUGUAUGACACAUACCCCCUGUCAGAAGACACCUGGCACACUCACCAGUUUGACUUCAUCAAGGGCCAUGCCCACAGGCUACUGAAGCCCGGCGGUGUUCUCACCUACUGUAACCUGACCUCUUGGGGAGAAUUUCUCAAGUCCAAAUAUGACAAUAUUGACAACAUGUUCCAGGAGACCCAGAUGCCUCACCUGAUCGAGGCUGGCUUCAAGAAAGACAAGAUUAGCACCACAACCAUGGAUAUUGUCCCUCCAACCGAAUGCAAAUACUAUGCCUUCCGCAAGAUGAUUACACCCACGAUUCUGAAAGAUUGAAGUGUCUUGAUGCCACUGAAAUGUUUUUUCUCACGUGCCUUCAUUUAAAAACCCACAUUAGUUUAUUUAAAAAUAUAUAUUCCAUAUGCCCUCAGGGAUAUCAAAUUUUCAAUAAACAAUUUUUAAUUCUGU